UUGUGUGGGAUGCGAACGAAAAAGGUGCGCUUUGGAGCUUUUGGCGGUGGAAAAAUGCGCAAGUGACUGGGUAUGAAUCGCGCUGAAGUGAUCACACAGCUUGACGAGUCAAAAAAAUUGGGAAAAGUGUGGAAAGUGGGAGGAGAGGAAGCAGUCAAGGUGGACUGAUGAGGAGAUGUUGUCGAAUCGUCGAGUGCGGGUUGAGCGGUCGGUCGGUUCCCAGUCGCGCUUCCCUCCCAGUUAUUAUUUUAGUUCGAUCCAGACCCUCCAGACCCUACUAUCCGAGACGAGACAUCGCGAAAACAAGGCGGGCCUAAAACACCUUGAUAAUGAUUCCACCCAAAACGCAGGAAGCUGGGGUGGCAACGCUCUGAUUCUUUCGCUCAUUUGUUAUGUCGACAGCAAUUUCUUCAUCGUCGGCUGCUAUUGGAGCCUUGCGACUUCAGUCUUGUUGCAUCCCCGAUCUUCGCUCCCACUCGUCUGGGAUCACUGCCACUGCUUGCAUAUCUACCGGAACAAGAGAUGGCCCUCGCGAGUUCUCUACGGGUUGGUAUACCGCUGCCGCGCGCCUGAUCGGCAUGAGGCACACGAGGGGCCUGGCGACAUGAAAUGGUUGGGUCUCGUCAUUUUCUUCGGUUUCCCAAGCUACCCGACGGCCUGGCCCUCCUUGGUCGGCUGUUCUUGCUCAUUUCGCCAUCCUUGAGUUCAUGAGACCAACCUGUGAAGAUACAGACGGUGCCAUUCUUUCAUCAGCCUGUGGCAGAAUACCUCGUCAAGUGGCUCCAAGUCAGAGCCCCCGGGGACUCGUUCUUGGAGAAAUCGCAAUGUUUGAUCCAGGCUUCUCAGUUUGCCCGCGUCGUUCAUGCUUGUAGGUCCCGGUCUGCAGUCCGU